GCUGGGGGCGGUGGCACUGGGCCGAGGGGUCCGACAGCUUGACCGGGCUGUAGGUUGGGCGGGCGUCCCCGGCCCUUGCGUGCAGCAGGCUUUAGGUUCUUCGCCCUGGACACAGCUCGUGCCCGGUGCGCGUUCUCGGGUUGGAUCUCCCGGGCCUCUAACGGAAGGUCAGCCCAGCGGAGGCCAGUCCCAAAUCUCCAAGCAUCAGGGCUCCUGCCCGGUUCUCAAGGCGGGUGGGGGACACUGGACCUCCAUACAGCCUGGAUUCCUGCCUACCACCUUGGUUUGCUGUGUUCUGUGUUGGCAAUGGCUGCUAGUUUUCCACAGGAAGUUUUGGUGGCUGAGAAAAUUUGUGGCCCAGGAAGUAGCAACUAAAUGCUUGGGAUGCUGACUAGAGGCUUCUGUGUGCUCUAAGGUUCUUGAACAGCCCACUCACCAUGGACCUGGACCCCCAUGCAGGUGUGCAGGUGGGCAUGCGUGUGGUACGCGGAGUGGACUGGAAAUGGGGCCAGCAGGAUGGAGGUGAGGGCGGUGUGGGCACUGUGGUGGAGCUUGGCCGCCAUGGCAGCCCCUCGACCCCCGACCGUACAGUCGUUGUUCAGUGGGACCAGGGCACAUGUACCAACUAUCGAGCUGGCUACCAAGGUGCCCAUGACCUGCUGCUCUACGACAACGCCCAAAUCGGUAUCCGUCAUCCCAACAUCAUCUGUGACUGCUGCAAGAAACAUGGACUUCGUGGCAUGCGUUGGAAGUGCCGUGUCUGCUUUGAUUAUGACCUCUGCACACAGUGCUACAUGCACAACAAACAUGACCUUACCCACGCCUUUGAGCGCUAUGAGACAUCACACUCACGCCCGGUCACACUGAGUCCCCGACAGGGCCUCCCUCGAAUCCCACUGAGGGGCAUCUUUCAGGGAGCAAAAGUGGUACGAGGCCCUGACUGGGAAUGGGGCUCACAAGAUGGAGGGGAAGGGAAGACAGGCCGUGUGGUGGACAUCCGUGGCUGGGAUGUGGAGACAGGCCGAAGUGUGGCCAGUGUGACAUGGGCAGAUGGAACCACCAAUGUGUACCGUGUGGGCCAUAAGGGCAAAGUGGACCUCAAGUGUGUUGGUGAGGCAGCUGGCGGCUUUUACUACAAGGAGCACCUCCCGAAGCUUGGCAAGCCAGCAGAGCUGCAGCGCAGGGUGAGUGCUGACGGCCAGCCCUUCCAGUGCGGCGACAAGGUCAAGUGUCUGCUGGACACAGACGUCCUAAGGGACAUGCAAGAAGGCCAUGGUGGCUGGAACCCUAGGAUGGCGGAGAUGGGCACCGUGCACCGCAUCACAGACCGUGGGGACGUGCGUGUGCAGUUCAACCAUGAGACCCGUUGGACCUUCCACCCUGGGGCUCUCACCAAGCACAACAGCUUCUGGGUGGGUGAUGUGGUCCGGGUCAUCGAUGAUCUUGACACUGUGAAGCGACUGCAGGCUGGACAUGGUGAAUGGACCGAUGACAUGGCCCCCGCCCUGGGCCGCGUGGGGAAAGUGGUGAAGGUGUUUGGAGAUGGAAACUUGCGUGUGGCAGUUGGCGGUCAACGGUGGACCUUUAGCCCCUCCUGCUUAGUGGCCUACCGGCCUGAGGAAGACGCCAACUUGGAUGUGGCUGAGCGUGCCAGAGAGAACAAAAGUGCGGCACCAGCCUCAGUGGCCGGUGGGAGGCAGGGCAUCCCCUGGCCAGCACUUACCUCAACCCUGCCCCCAGGCUUACUGAGUGUGGCCCUGGACAAACUUCGGACCCAGAAGAGUGACCCAGAGCACCCAGGGAGGCUGGUAGUCGAGGCUGCACUGGGAAAUGUAGCCCGGGCUGUGGAUCUACUGCGAAGGCACCCAGAGCAGGUGGACACCAAGAACCAGGGCAGGACUGCCCUACAAGUGGCUGCUUACUUGGGCCAGGUAGAGCUGGUGCAGCUGCUGCUGCAGGCAAGGGCAAGUGUGGACCUGCUGGAUGAUGAGGGCAACACUGCGCUGCACUAUGCAGCCCUGGGGAACCAGCCUGAGGCCACAAGGAUGCUCCUGAGUGCAGGAUGUGGGGUGGAUGCUCGAAAUGGCACACGAAGCACAGCCCUGCAUGUGGCUGUGCAGAGGGGCUUCCUAGAGGUGGUAAAGACCCUGUGUGAGCGUGGUUGUGAUGUCAACCUGCCGGAUGCCCAUGCAGACACACCCCUGCAUUCUGCCAUCUCUGCAGGUGCCGGUGCCAGCAGCAUUGUUGAAGUCCUCACUGAGUUGCCUGGCAUUGAUGUCACUGCUACCAAUAGCCAGGGCUUCACACUGCUGCACCAUGCAUCCCUCAAGGGCCACGUGCUAGCAGUCAGAAAGAUUCUGGCACGGGCACGACAGCUGGUGGAUGCCAAGAAGGAGGAUGGCUUUACUGCACUACAUCUGGCAGCUCUCAACAACCACCGUGAGGUGGCCCAGGUCCUAAUCCGAGAGGGUCGUUGUGAUGUGAAUGUGCGCAACAGGAAGCUUCAAUCUGCACUGCACCUGGCUGUGCAGCAGGCCCACCUGGGGCUAGUACCACUGCUGGUGGAUGCUGGCUGCAGUGUCAACACCGAGGAUGAGGAGGGAGACACAGCCCUGCAUGUCGCACUGCAACGUCAUCAGCUGUUGCCGUUGGUGGCUGACAAGGCUGGGGGGGACCCAGGGCCCUUGCAGCUGCUGUCAAGGCUACAGGCCUCAGGCCUCCCGGGCAGCACAGAGUUGACCGUAGGUGCAGCAGUGGCCUGCUUCCUGGCGUUGGAGGGUGCUGACGUGAACUACGCAAACCACCGUGGCAGGAGCCCACUGGACCUGGCCACUGAAGGCCGAGUGCUCAAGGCCUUGCAGGGCUGUGCCCAGCGCUUCCGGGAGCGACAGGCAGGUGGCGGUGGGGGCAUGCCCCCGGGCCCCCGGCACGUGCUAAGCACUCCCAACACCGUGAGGAACCUGCAUGUGUCUGGCACAGCAGGGCCAGAAGCUGCCGAGUGCUUGGUGUGCUCGGAGCUGGCGCUGCUGGUUUUGUUCUCACCUUGUCAGCACCGCACCGUGUGUGAGGAAUGCGCUCGCAGGAUGAAGAAAUGCAUCAGGUGCCAGGUGGUCAUCAGCAAGAAGCUACGCCCAGACGGUUCAGAGGUGGUAAACACCAUCCAGAUGCCUGGUCCACCUCGCCAGCUGGUGGAGGAGCUACAGAGCCGCUACCGGCAGAUGGAGGAGCGAAUCACCUGCCCCAUCUGCAUCGACAGCCACAUCCGCCUAGUUUUCCAGUGCGGCCAUGGGGCAUGCGCGCCCUGUGGCGCUGCGCUCAACGCCUGCCCCAUCUGCCGCCAGCCCAUCCGCGACCGUAUUCAGAUCUUCGUGUGAGCGCGUUCCGCACACCAUGGCCGAUCCCAGACCCUUCUACAAAAGCCCUGUGUUUUAUAAAAAAUAUUCUCGGA